AGUCAUUCACUGCGAAGACUGGCCGAAUGGAGCUUGGUAAUGUUGGCUAUAGCAGUAACUUAAAAGAAGAUCGCAAAAAAUAGGUUACGAUUGUAUUACCCAUGUGUAAUUAAUAAAGUGAUGGUUAAUAUGGCUCUGCAAUUUAGUGAGGACGGAAAAUAUUUCGCCCAAAUAACUUUAGACGGCAAGCUUAAAAUUUGGAAUACGGUGUCUAAUUCAUUGGAGCAAGAAUUCACUCCAGAUUUCCAUUUGACGACUCCUUGUACUUGUUUACAUUUUAUUCCAAAUGAAACUUCUGGAACUUAUAAAUAUUCGCCAUCGCCGAAGAAGAACAAAAAAAAAGAUCACAUAAAUUUGGAUCCCAAUAUUGCCUUAGGAACAUCUUCAGGACUUUUGUUAAUAUAUUCCAUUGGUAAAGCUAAUGUAUCUUUAACGUUAGACAGCAAAACCAAUUCCUCUGUAAAUUGUUUGUCCCCUGUUGAUGAGAAUGUAAUUUAUUCUGGUGCCGAUCAACAUAUUUUUCUGUGGAAUAUAAAAAGGAGGACAGUUAAAAGUCAGUGGCAGGUUACUAAUGAAAGAAUAAUUUCAAUUCUUGUUAUUCGCCAGACACAGCAGCUCCUAACUGCAUCCAAAAGCAUUAAGUUAUGGGAUAUCGUUAGCAAACAACUUUUAAAAACAUUCAUUGGUCACAGCGCUGAAGUUGUUCUAAUGUCUUGUGUUUGUAGAGAUGAAGAUUUGUAUCUAUUAAGCGGAUCAAAGGAGGACCGCCUUUUGAGCUGUUGGAACUUAAAGGCAAGCCAACAUCAGAAGAAUACUGUUUGCAAUUAUUUAAUGGAAGAUAUUGUUAGAAACAUUUCUGUGAAUGUUAACAGCGACGGAUCAACCACCAUAGCGGCAUCAACCCGUAGUGGAGUAGUCCAUAUAUACCAACACAAGUUAAAUGGCCAAAAUGACAAGCCAUUAAAACCGAAAACAACUAUUCAGGUAGUAUCAGAGAUCGGGCAUAGUGAUGAAACUGUUAGUCCGCUGAGAAUAUCGGGAGCCAGACUUCAGCCCGAUGGAGAAAGUUUGUGCAUUGGUUAUGGGUCGCAAAGGUUUUUAACAUUUGAAAAUGUGGUCAUCGCUACUACUCAAAGAGUACAUUGCUUGGUCCGCAAGGAUCCAGAAAUAGUAAAAAGCAAAACAGCAACUGGGUCAAAAACUAAAAUUCCGUUGACCAAUGAUGUUCAUUAUUUGACACCAAACACAUCUACCAUUCCUAAAAGAAAGUUCGACGGUCAAAAGGAAGUGCCCAUGGAGCAGCGUUUAGAAAAUUUGAUCUUAAAUAAAGUUGAAGGUGCCACAGUACCCAAAAGCGAUAAUGUCGCACAACUGCUGUUACAAGGACUGCAUAGCAAAGACAAAAACCUCUUAAGAAUGGCUUUGAGCAGAAAGGAUGAGGAUAUAAUUAGGAAUACAAUCAAAAGGCUGCCUGUUGCCAUUUUCGAACCUUUGGUAAAAGAAGUGUCAUCCUUGGUAAAUGGGAAAACAGUUUUGAGUUAUUAUGGCGCGCUGUGGCUAAAAAAUUUUGCUCGAAUACACGCCGGUGUAUUAAUUUCGAAUCCGAAUUUAUCCGAUAUGUUUGCCAAAGCAUUAGCAAGCAUCCAGGCCAGGAACUCAUUGUUUGUGCCUUUGAAUAGGUUACGAGGCAAAUUGGAACUGAUGGUUCCCCAGAUCACAGUUCCGGUUGAAGAGGACGAAAGCGACGAAGCGAUUUUAUUUAACGAUAAAGAUUCAGAUGAAUCGGGAGCCGAGGUUGAAAUGCAGAUGGAUAUUGCUCAUUCAGAUAGUGAAAAUGAAUGGGACGUGAAUAGUUUGGAUGAAAAUCAUAUUCAUAAAUCGAGUUCAGAUUCUGACGACUCUGUUGUUAUGUUGCCUUCAGAUUAAAUUAA